AUGUCGGAAAUGAGUUCCUGUUUCGGUUUCGACAACCAGCAGUUGAAAAUUUCCAAAAUGGGAGAAGAAGGCUCAGGGCGAUACGAAAAAAUAGACUAUUUAGGAGAAGGGCAGUUUGCCACAGUUUACAAAGCAAGAGACAAAAAUACUGACACAAUUGUUGCAGUCAAAAAGAUUAAAUUAGGCUCUCGCACAGAAGCAGCAGACGGCAUCAACAGAACAGCACUUAGAGAAAUCAAAUUGUUACAAGAAUUAGCACAUGACAAUAUUAUAGGACUCAUUGAUGUUUUUGGUCACAAAUCAAAUGUCAGUCUGGUGUUUGACUUCAUGGAAACUGAUUUGGAGGUGGUGAUCAGAGAUAACAACAUUGUCAUGACUGCAGCACAUAUCAAAUCCUACACCCUGCAGACCUUGCUUGGCUUAGAGUACUUACACGCACACUGGAUUCUCCAUAGGGAUAUGAAGCCAAAUAACUUGCUUAUCAACGAGCAGGGUGUACUAAAGAUUGGUGACUUUGGUUUGGCCAGGUUUUUUGGCUCUCCAAGUAGACCAUAUUCUCACCAGGUUGUAACAAGGUGGUACCGAAGUCCGGAACUCCUCUACGGCGCUCGUUCUUACGGGGACGGUGUAGAUAUAUGGGCAAUAGGAUGUAUUGUUGCGGAGCUCCUUAUAAGGGUUCCAUUUUUACCUGGUGAAACAGAUUUAGAUCAACUGAAACGAAUUUUUCAAGUGUUAGGCAGCCCAACUGAAGCUGACUGGCCGGACAUGAAAUAUUUACCAGACUAUAUAGUCUUCAAGGAGUUUCCAAGACAUCCGAUGAAGGAAAUAUUCACAGCAGCGGGGGAUGACUUACUGCAAGUUUUGGACCUCAUGCUUGCCAUGAAUCCACUAAAAAGAUGUUCUGCUGCUCAG